AUGUUGUCAACUAUAUGGACCUGGGCUCUCCUCUGCGGUGUUGCUGCUGUGCUCGCCUAUCACCGAUCAGUCUCCAAACUAUCUGGAAUCCCCUUGGUUGGAUUCGAAGUGAAAGACCCGAAACAACGGAAAGACCAAUACACCUUCAAUGCUCCCGGUAUUGUGCAGAGAGGAUAUGAAAAGUUCAAAGACAGAAUAUUUGGCGUAGAUACCGCAGAUGGUAUCAAACUCAUCUUUCCGCAUCAAUAUGUGGACGAGAUCUCGAAACAACCAGGGCUUAGCUUCCAAAAUUCCCUUGACGAAGACUUACUGAUUAACUACACGUACAUGGGCGGGUUGAAGCAAUUUGCAUUGUCUACUUUCAAGCGGGAAAUAACACCUCAUCUUCCCAUAUUCAUUCCGGACUUCAUUUCACUUAUCGACGGUUUUAUCCCCAACGCGCUUGAAGUUCCCAAGUCUGAAGAAUGGACUCCGGUCAACAUCUAUCCGAAAAUGCUUCGCAUGCUUGGCAUACUUACGGCAAGAGUCAUGAUUGAUAGCGAUGCCCCUCACAACGAGACUUGGGUUACUCUUACCACCGAGUAUCUACACGCAGGGGUCACACACGCGCAUGCUUUGAAGUUCUGGCACCCGAUGCUGAGGCUGCUCGUUCACCGAUUCGUGCCAGGAUACGCUGAGGUUCAGAGGCAACUCAACCUUGGGAGGUCGAUAGUUGUCGACGCAAUCCGCAAAGUAGAAGAGCGUGAGGAGAACGGAGUACCGGAGCCUCAACCGACGAGUGUGCUCUACCAUAUGUCUCGCAAAGCACCAGGCACUUCUUCCGCGGUCAUCGAUAUGCAUCUCAAGGAGCAAUUGAAUCUUGCUGUCGGGGGAAUACACACAACUUCAGCCGUCCUCACUCAGGCGCUAUUUGAGCUUUCUGCGCAUCCGAAUUAUGUUCCAGAGUUGAGAAAGGAAAUCAUUGACACUUUAGUCAAGUUUGAUGGAGAAUUUUCAAAAGCAGCUUUGUGGGACAUGCACAAGUUGGACAGUUUCAUUCGCGAGACUCACCGUUUGAGCUCGCCGAACUUGACAACUCUACAGAGACGGGCUACCGAGGAUGUCACUCUUUCCGACGGUACCUUCAUCCCGAGUGGAACGAAGCUCGAGUUUCCAACUUUCGCCAUCCACCGUGAUAGCGAAUUCUUCGACAACGCUGCCGAGUUCGACGGCUUCAGAUUCUUGAAAUUGCGCCAGGAACAUGAUAAAGAUGGCGGAAAGCAUCACUACGUCAGCGCUCGUAAGGAUAUGCUGGGCUGGGGGCUAGGCAAGACGGCAUGUCCUGGCCGAUUCCUGGCCGACAUUGAGAUCAAGCUGAUCGUUGCAUUCAUCCUGAUGAAUUACGACAUCAAGAAUCCAGAUGGCCAAGGCAGACAUUCGCAUGUCCAUUUUGAGAAUCAGGUUUUCCCUGAUCCUGUCAACCCGGUCCUAAUGAAGAGGAUUCGGCGAGAGGAUAUCGAUGAAAAUGGGCUCAUUAGAGAGUAG